AUGUUGGCGUAUGGUGCAUCUGCUGAUCAAGUGGAUGAGAUUGCCCGAAUGGGGAAGUCCACUGCUUUGGAGAGUUUGGUUAGAUUUUGCGAUGCAGUUGAAAAUCUGUACACCAAGGACUACCUGCACAGACCUACGCCCAGGGACUUGCAACGACUUCUACAGAAAGCCGAACGGAGAGGAUUUCCAGGAAUGAUUGGUAGCAUCGACUGCAUGCACUGGCAAUGGAAGAAUUGCCCAACCGCUUGGCAGGGAGAUUACGGAAAUCGGAAAGGCCAAAAAAGUAUCAUCCUUGAAGCUGUUGCAGGAUUCGAUACAUGGGUUUGGCACGCCUUCUUUGGAGUUGCUGGAUCACAAAAUGACUUGAACGUCCUAGGUCAAUCCCCGGUGUUCAACGAUGUUUUGAGAGGAGAAGCCCCGAAAGUCACAUAUGAAAUCAAUAAUACCGUCUACCAAACUGGGUAUUAUCUAGCUGACGGCAUCUACCCGAGGUGGACAACAUUUGUGAAAUCAAUUCCGCAUCCCCGAACCCAGAAGCAAAAAUUAUUUGCUACCCAUCAAGAGAGUUACAGAAAAGAUGUGGAGAGGUGCUUUGGUAUCCUCCAAGCUCGGUGGGCGAUCAUUAGAGGUGCGGCACGUAUGUUUGAUGAGGAGGUGUUGAGGAGCAUAAUGAUGACAUGCAUCAUCCUCCAUAACAUGAUUGUGGAGGAUGAGUAUGAUUACGAAGCUGAAGAGGUGUAUGAAGAGGAUCCCAUGAACACGGCCUUGACAAGAAUUUAUGAAAAACCAAUAGGGCCAAAUGGAGAACCAUUGGAGCAUGAACCAUUGGUUAGAGAUGGUCGUUUCAUGCACCGUAUGAUUGAUCGAAAUACGGAGAUGCAAUCGUCGUAUAUUCAUGAAUGCCGUCAAGUUGACUUAAUGGAGCAUUUAUGGGCGGUGAAAGGCAAUGACGGUGAAUGA